AUUUCUGGGAUGACAUCAUACUUGUAGUUCUCAGGGAGAUCAUAAUGCUUCUUCAGAUCCAAGUAGUAAUCAUCUCCCAACUCAGCUUCAAUCUCCUUCUCCAGCUUCCUCCGUCCCUUUCCUUCACCUCCCUCUGUCUCCAUGACUUCCUUCUUGAAAAGAGGUUUGAUGUUUUCAAAGAGUCGCAGCUGUUCCUCAAUAGAGUGUCCACACUGACAGGAGGGAUCAAUCAAGUAGAGGACACAUGCCCGCAGGCCAAGGAAGAGCAUGGUGACUCGCUCAAGUCCUAUGCCACCACCUGCAUGUGGAGGACAGCCAUAGCGGAAGGAGUCGAUGACAAGAAACACAACAAACCUCAAUAUUCUCAGGGCGAGCAGCAUCUUCUACCAACAGGGGAAGCUGAGCCUCUGCUGGACUCACCACAAACACCUGUUCCACAUAUUUUUCUCCUUCUCUUUCUGCUGUUGAAUGUAAGCAGCUAUGCUAUCAUCAAUCGAUUUCGCCGCAAAGAAAGGGAUGAAUACUUACAAGGAGAUGAGGAAGAAGCAACUGUGUACAGAAUUGCGCUCUGGUUGUGCACAUUCAGUCUUGCAACAUCAGCAGGAGCUGCACUCCUCACUCCCAUUUCAAUCAUCAGCAAUGAGAUCCUUCUCCUUUAUCCUGACAGCUAUUACAUUCAGUGGCUCAACAGUGAUCUCAUCCAUGGACUUUGGAAUUUGGUGUUUCUCUUCUCCAAUCUGUCACUCUUUGUUUUACUUCCUUUUGCCUAUCUCUUCACUGAAGCUGAAGGCUUCUAUGGAUCCCGCAAGGGAUUGCUUUCAAGAGCUUAUGAAACGUUUGUGGUCCUUUCUCUCCUCGCUGUCCUCAUCUUUGGUAUGACAUACCUUCUGUCUCUCCUUCUUGACAGUGGACCCUCCAGCUGGUACAAAAUGUUUAGCUUGUGGAGCUUUUACUUGCCAUUCCUAUAUGCCUGUGUUUCCUUCUUCGGAGUGAUAUUUCUCCUAGUGUGUACUCCAGUGGGCUUCGCUCGCCUUUUCACAAUUUUGGGAGAUCUGCUAGUGAAACCACAGUUCCUGAAAGACGCUCAUGAAGAGUACUUCACCUCACGUUUCGAAGUGGCAUACCUCGAAAGGCGUAUGAAGCAAGAAGAGGUCAAGAACUGUACUAGGAGAGCAAGAGCACCUGUUGAAUGGAUCAACCAUCAGAAUGACCGAAGACGUCAAGCCUCUCCCCUGCAACGGAACUUAGGCUAUCCCUUGGCCAUGCUGCUCCUGGUUGCAUUGACAGCGAUUGCAGCAUUGAUGAUGAUUAACAAUUCCCUCCAACUUCUCAUUGGAAUCAAAGCUCUUCCUCAGAGUUCUGAGCAAUUCACAUUAGGGAUCAGCAGUCUUUCUGCCUUAGGACCCAUAGGAGCAAGUUUGGAGGUAGUGAUAGUAUUUUAUCUCACUGUGACGUCAAUAGUGGGCUUGUAUACCCUGCCUGGGCUGAGGAACCUCCGACCUCGUCAUCACAUCACACCGAUGACACAUAUCAUCUUUAACUCUGCUGUUCUUGUCAUCCUGAGCUCAGCUAUUCCACUUCUCUCCCGCACCAUAGGGAUCACCGAUUUUGAUCUCCUUGGAAAUUAUGGCAGAAUUGAGUGGCUAGGGAACUUCACCAUUGUGUUUAUUUACAAUCUCCUCUUUGCUGGAGUCACCAUUUUCUGCCUCAUUCAUCAUUUCACCGCACCCAUUAGACGAGAACUCCUUUUAUGCUUCAAGUUAUUCUCUGAGGCAGUAUUCACUUGGUUAAGGAGCAGUCCAUGGUUUGGUUCCAGUCUGCAGCAUCGUCCCCAUUCAGGAUCAUUUAGAGAUGACUGACUAGCAUUUUUGUUCACCUCUGUGAUAUCCUGAGGCAUUUCAGUUUCCUUUUUUUUUUCUUUUACCCUUUGCUUAUUCUCUGUAUACAGGGUUUUUUCUGGGAGAAAAGAAAUUUCCAGAGCUCAUUAUUUCUAUGGCACAUUCCGAAUCUCAGGCUGCUUCAUGGGCUAUUGGUGAAUGUGACUUUCCAUGACUUGUGUUACCCUGGCAAAGAAGAAUUCAUCUACCUACAUAUAACUUUGAAAAUGAAUUUUAAAAAACAAUAGUGCACACAGCUAUCAAGUAAGUUUCAUUCCUCUUGAGCAGUCAUCCCUCCCAUAUUCUAUACUGCAAAAAAAGACAAUGCCUUUUUCUCUUCGUUUGCUCAUUCAGGUUAUACAUGUAUGGUGAAUAAAGGAGUAUCUCCUUUAAAUUUCCUUUAACCAAUCACCAAAGCAGAUGCCCUGGUUACCAUUACCCAUGGCCAUUUAUAUAGUUUUAAUCCAUCCAUUUCCAUUAAUUAUCCAUGUGAAAUAACACAUUUGAUCAUAACAUAUAUGUAAAGAUAUAUUUAUUAUGUCUUCAUGUGCAAUCUGGAUGCUUGUAUUGUAUUUAUCUGGUGGUCUUCCAUUGGCAGAAGCAAAAUUCAUUUCUCACUCUCCUGGGAAUCCCUUCAUUUCUUGAGACAUUAGCUACAGCAAAACCACAUCCUCACAUACUGUUGAUGCAAGUGGUUUUCAACGUCAAUAAAUUGCAAGAUUUCCUUUUUUGCUGUGUGAUUUCAAGGAUGAAACCUAAUUUAUUUUUUGUGCAAUGCCAUUCAUCUGAUUUAUUCUACAUCAUUUGAUUAUUCAGGAUAGAUUUUAGUAUAGAC